UCUCUCUCACUCUUUCUCUCUCUAAGAGCAUUAACUGUAGAGUGUUCUGCUGGUGACAGGUCUGUCAGGGUCAGAUGGCUGCUCAGCCUGAUUAGACCAGCUCACAGCAGAUCCUUGGCCCAACACUCUACGCUGCUCCACAACAAGGCAGAGCCACAAAGUGGGACAAACUGUACAUAGCAGAGAGAGAGAGAGAGAGAAAGAGAGGGAGAGAGAGAGGCAAGCAGGGCCAGGGGUGAGGCAGGGAGACAGUGGAGCAGAGCAACAGGUUGUUGCAGAAAGUCUCUCUGCAUCACGACCAGAUUUUUCAGCUACUACUGAGGCGGAAAAAGACUGAAAGCAGGUGGACUUCACUGUGGCAAAGCGACAGAGGAACUACUGUUCAGUCUGUUUGGAGAUGACACGGAAGAACUAACUGAACCACUGGUUGAUGGAGUUUAUGCGGCAGAGUGGUGAUUACUGCCACGCCCAACACUUUUAAACCCUACGUGGGAUGAUGUGCACUAUGGCAUCCUGUGGUCUUGAACCCUGAAAGACAUUUUUUCCAUUGUCCUCUGAACCAGCCAGCUCAUGGGGUAACAAGUGGAGUCUCGCACACCGGAAGCUAUCUGAAGAGAGAGAGAGGGACAGAGAGAGCCACUGAGCAAGGCAGCAACAGUAACAGAGUGAAGGACUUGACAAUCAGAGAGUUCAAAUACAAAGGGAGACCGCACAGACAGACCUGACACACUGUAGCCUGUUGGACUAUAGAAUACAGUCAAUGAAUGGUGCAAACAAAACAGUUACGACCUUGGAAUUGGGAAGACAAGUCAAACGGCUAUAAACAGGACGUUCCACAGGCAACAGGAAGUGUCAAGGAUCACCUGAAGACUUUAAGUGGAGACCACAGCUGGAACUAAAGGUGACAAGUCGAUUUUGACUACACAUAACAAUGCACCAACACUUUCUACCUCCUGCAUUUUAAAGACUGGUUCUGGCAUUCCACAUAUGGCUAAUGUAAUCAUGAUUAAUUAAUGCACUUCUGUGUGUGUGUGUGUCUUACAUAAACAUUUCUGUUUGUCAUCGUAAAUACAGCCAGGGCACAGAUAUGCCCCUGGUUUAUUCUUUGGAAAAAUGUAAUACCUCCAAUGAACAAGAAAAAGCAUUUAUAAAACAGAAUGUAUUCGCAACAAUGGAAACAUAAUCAGCAAUGAUCAUGACACUAAAACGUGUCAGUGAAAAACAUUUAAACAACUUAGCAUCAAUAAGAUGAUAUGACAAGAGCGUUUUGUUCACCAAAUUCAGUACAACAAUAAGAAUGAUUAAGAUAUUGUCAUUUAAUUAAGGGCCAUGAGUCAAACACAGAGUCUGUACAGUUAACAAGAGAAAAAAUCUCUUAAAAGAAGAAUUAUGAAGAGAUUUAACUAGCUCUUUAACUUUUCACUGGAGACUUAUGAUGUUAUAAAGGGUACAUUUUUACUGAUAAAUACUAAACAAAACUGUCUAUUCUGGGUUCUGUGAUGUUUUAAAUCAUUUUUUUCAACACUUAAUAUGUUUUUCCUUGACUGAAUUCAGAAUGGUAUGAUUGAGGCCACUGCUCAGUCUAAAUGGUAAAUAAAGCUGAAGCCAACAGCUGGUUAGCUUAGCAUAAAGACGUGAUACCCUGGCUCUGUCACCACCUGAAAUAUUUCACCUACUUACACAAAACUUUGCUGGUUAUCAUGUUGUAACCUUGCUUCUUUAAUUUGAGCAAAAACUCAUACAGGAAAAUGACAGCUUGUCACACUGAAAAGCAAUAAUCAGCUAAACUAAGCUAUGCUAAAAUGCUCCAGGUUAGCAGGCAGAUGUGAAUGGUACGAUUAAUACCACAGAAAUGCUGAACUAUUCUUUAAUGGUUUUAGUCAAAUUUGUCCAGUAUUGUCAAGCUGGUGAUGUCUGGCAGAUUCUGGUAAGAGCACGAGCCAAAGUUACACAGACUGAUGAUACAGUUUGAGCAACAAAAGGACAAAAUACUUGAGCAAAAUACAUUUAAUUUUGGAGGGAAAACAUAUAUUAUGACUAUUUGUUGCAUUUAUUGGGAAUAUCUGCCAUGUCUGUCAUUGCCAUGUCAAAAAAGCUUUAAAUGUGCUCCAAAUAGAAAGUCAUUAAUAUGAAAUUGUGCUAAUAUACAGCUAUACACAUUAUGUGCUACGUUUCCUACCAACACUGGGCUCAUUAUUAACAGCUACACUAACAUUAAGGUCAGAGAUCAUCCUGGGAGGACAAAGGUCACAUUGGCCAACAUGAACCGUCCAGCUCCAGUGGAACUGUCCCACAAGAACAUGAGAUUCCUCAUCACCCACAACCCCACAGACAGCACACUCAGCUCCUUCAUAGAGGACCUGAAGAGAUAUGGUGCCACCACCGUGGUUCGAGUGUGCGAUAUCACUUAUGACAAAACGCCACUCGAGAAAGAUGGCAUCAAUGUGGUGGAUUGGCCCUUUGAUGAUGGAGCCCCACCUCCAAGUAAGCUUGUUGACGACUGGUUAAGUCUGCUGAAGAAGAAGUUUCAGGAGGACCCAGGAUGCUGUGUGGCUGUUCACUGUGUGGCUGGACUGGGCCGGGCUCCUGUGCUAGUUGCUCUGGCUCUGAUAGAGAGUGGGAUGAAGUAUGAAGAUGCAAUUCAACUCAUUAGGCAGAAGCGUCGUGGAGCCAUCAACAGCAAACAGCUAACCUACCUGGAGAAAUAUCGAUCCAAGCAGAGACUCCGCUUCAAAGAGUCUCAUGCACAGAAGAACAAGUGUUGCACCAUGUGAACACACACAACACACACAACACACACACACACACACACACACACACACACACACAUUCUCAGGAAUCCAACCACAUAAGCCUUGUCUCACCUGCACCUGCACCAUCAGGGAUUUUAUGAAUGUUUUUUUUUUUUUUUUUA